CAGUCGCGUGUCUGUCUGUGUUGGCUGCAGCAGCAGCAGGACAGGGAGAUACAAUUGAACGAGCGAUAGAGAAAGAAAGAUCCUUCGAAAAUAUAGGUGAUAAAGGUGAUUUGGAGCAAAGAGACGCGCUUCGGCUAACGAGGUGGCAGAGCCAGUUACUAGUGUCGCGGUAGUAGAGAAAGGAAAAAAUCGACGAGCUGAUGUUACUAAGUUGGAAGACGAUCCGUGUACGAGUGCCCCAUCGUUACCUCUGUCUCUUGUGCUGUGCGUUUCGUUUCUCCGAAUCGUGCGACAAACAAAGCACGCGCGUGAACCACGAGAUCGCAUGAAGUUUCGUGCCCUCGAAGGUCUUGUAAGCUGCGAGAACGAGUGGGGACAAAGUGAAGCUUGACAAUCAUCGGCAUGUAACACUCGUAGAGGUCCGUGACGUCACGGGGGCCUCUCCGAUUUCAACUCGUGCAAGCAGCAGCGCCACGUUAAAGUGCCGACCUAGACAUUACAACGCACGUAGCACACUGCAGUGAGCCAAAGUGGCGAACGCAACGUGAAGGUGAUGUUGGAGAUCAGUGCCGUUGGACCUAUCACUUCGAAGCUAUAUCAGAGAGGUUAAAGGAGAGCGCGCUGGACGCGCCAAAACAACAAUAUUUGUUCACGCAAGUGCUCGUAUACAUGGUGGUGCAUUGACGAAUUUGAAUGUCAUCGAUAGCAGUUCUAAUACACACGUGAGGUGUUGUAUUGUAAACAAGUGCUCAUUUAAUUGGAAAAGGAGAGAGAACGAACGCGCACGCGAGUGCUUGGUGAGUGAGUGUGCUAAACGACAACUUGACGCAAACACAUACAUCCGUGGUUGUCAUCAAUCAACAAACGAAUACGUCGUCGUCCUCCUCCUAUCGCCGGCGAGUCUGCCCUCGAUGAGAGGAGGCACAUGUCCAUUGCUGCCGCUGAAAAUGCAGGGCCUGGCCCGUGUGACCUGCAGGACCCAUUGUGGGUCAAAAUGAACGCGAUCACUGGUAAUAUCACGAAGAAGAGAAAGAAAUCAGAUGCCAAGCCUCAGUCGCAAAUUAACAAGUGCCUUAACGAGAAACGACGCAGGACCCAAGAGAACCUGUACAUCGAUGAGCUUGCCGAGCUGGUCUCCGUCUCGGACAUGAGCUCUGGCAAGACUGACAAAUGUCAGAUCCUCCAGAGAACCGUAGACCAGAUUCGGCAAAUCAACGAUCAAUCAGGCUCAAACAGUCACGAUGUGCAGCAAGGAGAAGUAUCCUCGUCGAAUCCUAGCAUACUGUCCAACGAUCAAGUCGGACCUAUUUUGCUUGAGGCUUUAGACGGCUUUCUUUUUGUUGUUAAUACUGAGGGCCGCGUGGAAUACGUCACGGACAACGUCAAGGAUUACAUUAAUUUUACGAAGGAUGAAGUGCUGGGAAAGGACAUUUACAAUAUCAUUCAUAUUGGAGACGCCGGAGACUUCAUGCCUAACGUUUUACCGCAGUCAGUAGCUGGCUGGACUGGCGAGGCCCAGGGCCAGCAAGCGGGACGCAACCGGACGUUCGAGUGUCGUUUCCUGGUGAAGGCGGCCGAUGAAAAAGACGAGACUAUGGAGGAGAAGCAGCAACGCGUGUCCCAGUACGAGACAAUGCAGAUCUGCUCGGCGUUGCUGCCAGCCUCGAACGGCAGCGGCGGCGGCGGCGGCGGUGGCGACAAUAGCAGCAACAGCAACAGCGCGAAUUCGACCGGUGGCCAAGCUGCUGCUACUGCCGCCGACGCCAUGGAAUCGGGCAACGAGCCCUGCGUCAUGUGCGUCGCACGUAGGAUCAGCCUCGAUGAGAAACGCGUCGGACAGUUCACUUUCAAAAUUGACACCCACGGCAAGAUACUCGCCGUCGACACGAGCUGGCUCAAUCUUGAUUACAAAAAGUCGAUCGAAGCCAAGGAUCUGGUUAAUCGAAAACUUCACGACCUGUGCCAUUUGGAAGAUCUCAGUAAAAUAACUACGCAUUUGAAGGAUGUGCUUCAAGUCGGAGAAAGUAUGAGCCCGAUUUAUCGGCUAAGUUUCUGCCUUGCUUCACCUCCUCCUGAACGUAAGUACUUCAAUGUUCAAACGAAGUCAAAGCUCUUCAAAGGAAGCGUGACAAGCGGAGGAGGCUACGAAUCGGACUUUAUUAUGGCCACAAACUCGUUAUUUAGAACUGACAGGGAAGACGGAAUAAUCGACAAGUGCCCCAGCCAUUCUCUGUCGUCGGGCAUCCCGUUGAAUAGCCGACCGAGCAACAAUAACAAUAACGUUGGCGGUCCUCUGAUGUCGGUUGCUGGCCAAUUGAACGGCAUGUCGACAUCAACGUCAAGCUCGUCGCCGGCGUCGACGGGCCGGUUCCCCGGCAGCUCGUCCACGUCCUCAUACGCCACGUCGUUCAACCACUUCAGCACCGCGGACAUCGACGCGUUCGACCUCUUCCCAAGCUCGACUCUCGACCUCGAGCUCGACUCGUGGACGCCGAUCGACAACUCUCGUCCCGACUCACGUGCCAGUAAUCAGCAGUCCUCUCAGUCACAGUCGCAGCAGCAGCAGCAGCAUCAGUCGAAUUCGCGACCUGCCUCACAGCCAAAUGCCGCUGCAAGCAGUCCGCACAGAGCCUUCAGCCCGGCAACCCACGCCUUUGGUAAUUCCUUCUCGUUCAGUCCGCUCCAGGAUACGACGCCCGCACAGCCCAGCCCCGCCAUGGAGCAACAGCGCAACGGGCCGUCGCACCAAGACACUGAUAAUUGCCAGCAGCAACAGUCGCAGCAGCCGCCACAGCCACAGCAGCCGAGUGUGUCCACCGAGUCGGGCAGGCUAAGGAAUCUGCUGACAAAAGGCAGUAGCGCCAGCGACGACAGCUGUCAGGACAAUUCGUCCACGGGGCCCGAGGGUGACAAACCCGGCCAGCAGAACAGGAUACUCAAAAUCCUGUUGAACCAGCAGGACGAGGAUGAGUAUCAUCCUUCGGCGGAUCAGCACGGGGCUGCGGCCUCGUCCAAAUCCACGAGAGGCAGUCCUGCGCAGCCGAUGGUGAAAACCGAGCCUAGCAAGCCUAGCGUCUCGUCCGGCAAUCAUAUGCUUCUGCAGCUUCUCAACGAGAAAAAUGAGGACGAUGAGGACGACCGAGGCAUGAAAAAGAAGAACGAACUUCUCACACAACUGCUCAAGGAUACUGAUGACGAUAAGAAGCAUCAGGAUCAGAACCGAGACGACGACCCAUUACUGAGGAGUCUCGGCUUCCGUAACGCUUCACCGUCGUCGUCGCAGUUGGAUCACGUAGCUGGUGUGAGUGUCAGUGCUAUGACUGCAGGUCAGAAAAGGCCAGUCGAGGAUUGUGAGAUGAACAUUGCGGUGAAACGGCCGAUGGAUGGUUCGCAAGUGACUUCUACGGCGAGCAGCAGUAGUAGUGGUACGAGUGGCGGCCAAUGUGGCCCCAAUAGCACUGGUAACACGAGCAAACUCUGGGAGAAGAAUCGAAUGCUUGCCUCAUUGUUGGCCAAGCAACCGACUCAGCCCGCUACCAUACCUCCGAUACCUGCCUCUGUGAUAUCAGCCACUCCUCAAGACAAGCUGCCGCGUGUUAUUAAUAAACAGCAGCCCCAACAGCAGCAGCCAAAUCAGCAGCAGCAGCAGCAGCAGCAGCAGCCUUGGACAAGUAUGCAGUCAGCUGGUAGCAAUGCGACAACGACGACCGCUACGUCUGCAAGAACGCCCAUGCAGAAUCAGCGAUCACUACCUCAUCGUCAGCCAGCCAUGAACUACCUCAAUCAACUACAACAAAGAGUGCAAAUGGAACAAAUGGAUAUUCCGGGCAGCCGAGAUUAUAGGCAACUUGGCAACGAUCCCCCUGCAUUCGACGCUGAUGAUCCUGAUCUCUCUCAAAUCUUGGACCAAGUCAUAGAUAUCGUUCCGGAAAGUCUUGCAGAUAAUACUAUAGCCAGUUUGAUGGACGUGGUAGAAGCUCAGCGUAAUGAGAAGCAAGCGAUAAAUGCCAUACAGGAGUCGUUGAUGCAAAUCGAGACUGCCGUUAAUCCAACGUCUUCCAAUAUGACGACGCCUGGUACUCCUCCAGCUUAUUCCACAGCGAUGGGAAACACGCCUGUGACAUCGAGUCAUAACUAUCAACGGCCGCCGAUAUAUCAGCAACAGUCUCAACAGCAGCAGCCACGAGCAAGGCUAAAUGCUGUUCAGCAGGCUGGUAUAAGACAAGCUGCCGCGCAAUUUACGCCACAACAGCAACAAAUGCAGUUGCAACAGCGACAGAAGAUGUUGCAGGUGCAGCAAAGGUUGCUUCAGCAACAGCAGCAGCAACAGUUGCUCAUACCUUCAAACGCUACAGCUCCGGACCAAAUAGCUUCUGGCGGUAUUCAUAAUAUCGAUACGCUUCUUAACAAUACUGUCGCUCCGAACGUUACGCUACAACGAUCGGGUGGGCCAGAAUCCCAAGUUUCACCGAGUUAUGGAGGAUCCGUCCAGAUGCCUCAAGGGCCGCAUCGCCUUACUCACUCGUACUCUCAUCCCUCCACAUUACCUCAACACCCUGCUGUUAACAACAGUUUUAACAGUGGCCAGCAAGCUACGGCACGGCUAUCACCACACUCUCCAGCGGGUAUAUUGCCCUUUUCGCAUCCUCAACCUCUAUCUCCUCGGGUAACGCAACAGGGAAGUUAUGCUGGCAGUCCGCGGAUGUUCAACGUGAACCAAGUGCGACAGCAGCAACAGCAGCAGCAAUCUAGCCAGCAACCGGGAUUGCAACAGCAACCACAAAGGUCGAUGUCAUCGCCGGGGACGCCAGUGUCGGCGCGGCAGUCCCCAUUUCCCGCAGAAGCCUUCCCUCCGCCGGCGUCUCCUACGGCCAGUCAAUUCCCACCAGUCCCUAACGCCAGCGUCACCAAUCCUUCGGCCCAGUACCGAAUGCAGCGACAAGCCUCCACACCUUCUGCCACUACGCAAUUACCAGGUGGGGUUGGUUCGCCCUGUCACUAUGGGGGAGUGAGCAAGGAUCAACCUCUAUUGUCGCCUAGUCAUCCCCAUGCGGGUUGUCCUGCUACACCAACCCAUAAUCAACAUAACGCCAACAAUACCCAACACUUUUCAAACCAUCAACACUCAUCCAUGUUAUACCACAACGCUGCCAGCGUACAGAAUAGUCAGUACUGUUAUGAUCGGACGUCUGUUAAUAUGUAUCAGUCGGGGCCUGGAGACGCGCAAGACUGUAGGCCUCCACCGCCCAGUAAUCCUGCUAGUCACCAAAUGGGUGGUAAUACGACGGGUAAUGCAGGUGGCAUAAACUCGGAGUACGUACGGAAAGAGUUACGAACAGUUGUGGAUGCGCGGAUGCAGCAGCAGCAGCAACAGCAGCAGAGGGUACCAAAUAACUUUCAGAACAACUUGUCCGGCCAGGUGUCACAAGAAGAUUUGGAUACUCUCGGCUUAAAUUACGAUUUGACGGCUGCAGGUGAUGCGUUGGUUAGCGAUGGCUCUGCCAAGAGUUGGGCCAUUGGUAAUGCCGGAACGACCCUCUCGUCCUCCAGGACUACUAUGGAAGAAGUGUCCAGAGGUGAUCCAAAGUCGUCGCUGCUCCAGAAGUUGCUGUCAGAGUGACUGGUGGCUGUUGUCCCUCUUCGAAGUAAACAUGUGUAUGUAAUAUAUAUUUGAGUUUUCGAGAAGAUAAGCGCGGAGUUAAAAGAUUGAAGGAAUAUAAACGCGAUACAACUAUAUUUAUAAAAACAAAUGCUCUAUACGUAAUGGAUACUAUUGUACUAUAUGUAAUACCACGUUAAGGCAGUAUGCAGUUACGAUUAGCGUUUAAAUGCAAUGGACAUUGUCAACGGACGCUUCUGGCUUGGCGCUCUCAUAGAUUUGGACUUUCGCUCUCUCUACAUCUCACUCGCUAUCCUCCGCCGAGUUUAACGCGUUGAUUGUGAUUCAAGGGAAAUGAGAAUCUGUUGGCGUGCCGUUGCUCGUUGGUCCUUCAGUGUGCGGAUUUAUGGACAUCGGAUUUAAUCUGUCGUAUUAACAAAGUCAAACAAAAUUACAAAGUGACAUUUGUAUACACGCGCGCCACCGGCGACUCUUAUUCAACGUCAGGGAACAAACGUUAAUAUAUAUAUUUUAGAAAGCUAUGACACAGGGUUUUAAAGAUGACGAUUAAAGUAAAAUAUAUAGAGAAUAAAUAAAAAGGGAGAUCGAGAGAUAGAGUGUGUGAUUUUUCAGAGACGACAUAUAACUUUUUCAGACUUAUCGCUGUUAUUAUUUUUAAAACAUGUCGAAAGAUUGCGCGCGGUUGACUCUUCGAGUUGUACAGAGAGUAAGAUAGAAAAAAAUGAUGUUUAUGUACAUGUUGAGAAAGUAAGAAAAAGAGAGAGAGGCAGAGUAACAAAGAAAUAAAGGGCGGAAAGGUGGUAGGGAGGGAGAGAGGGAGAGACAGAGAAGAGAAGAAGCUGGAUCCGUGAAAGUGUCAGAAGCGGACCUAAGUUUCAUUACGUUUAAAAACAUUGAUGAAUAAAAGAAAAAAAUACAAACAAAUAAACAAACUACGUAGGUACCUCAAAGGUAUACUUUAUUAUACUACUGGCUGUUGAACAUAGAUUAAAAGAAAGAUAGGUUUAAUUAUUGUACACAUGAAAAGAAUAGAGCACUAUCACGUUUUUCCUUAAUUUAACAUCUCGAACUAUAUUGUAUUAUGAAUAAUAUAUUUGUGAUUGUAAGAAUCUGCAAAACCAAAUUAUGACAAAGACGUUGUUGUUGUUAUGAUUAUAACUAUUAUAUAUGAUAACAAUUAUUUUAUUAUUUUAUUAUAAUUGACAUCAUCAUUAUCAUUAUUUCCGAUAUAAUUGUUACAUUACACACACUGUAAUAAUAAUAUUAAGAUUUAUUAUUUUAUUAUUAUAUAAUUAUAAUAAUUUUAUUACUAUUACUGUAAUUAUUAUCAUUACUGCUAUUUCUAUUACAUAAUUAUAAGUAUAAUUAUUAAUAUUGAUACUGUCAAACGUGGCGUAUGCAUAUUUCUACUCCAAAAAAGGGUACCUUAACCAGAUAUAUGCCGAGCGAUUCGUCUCUCGUAUUUACAAUCACAUACACAAAAAUAAUGUGAAUUCCACGCCCUAAUUUUGGAAGCAGUUACGCAAUGAUUUUUCUGUAUAACAAUCUAAUAGCUAUAUAUAUAUAUGUAUGUAUGUAUGUAUGUAUGUAUGUAUGUAUGUAUGUAUGUAUAUAUAGCGCGGAGUUUUGACACAUAAAAAACUGAUUGUAGAAACGCAUGAAACGAAUUGCCCUGUAAAUAUUUUACAUACAUGAGUAUGUAAGUUUAAAGCGAGCGCGUAUGAUAUAUACAUAUAUAACUGUAUACAUAAAACAAGUAUGUAUAUGUGUAUGUGUAUAUAUACAUCUUAUAUAUAGAAAUGGAACAAAAAAUAAAAAUGAACCUUCUAUUUUGCAUAGCUCCGUAAAGUUAUUCUUCUUUCGGGUCUUAGAUGCACAUUAAAUUACUUAUAAAGAAAAAAAUUGAUUUAAUCGCUAUUCUAGGAGUUUUCUUUCUCCAUCGAUCGAUCAAAAGCUUCCAUUAUGACAGGAGUGGUCGAUUGAGUUGGUAUAAACAUACCUCGUUAGUUUGACAACAAAAACUCUUGAAGUACCGAUUAAACUAAUAAUUGAUGAGUGAUAAAGCAAAUUACGAAUGACACUUAUUGUUAUAAAGAAUGAAAAAAUUUUUAAUAAUUACAUACAAGUAUGCAGGUCGACAUAAGAGCCAGAACACGUGAGAAAAUUGUACAAUCAUUGUAUUUUUUUGUUUUUAUUUUUGUAAAGCCUCCGGACCGAGAUAUUAAGAGGUAUCCGUUACGUAUUACGAAUCUUACGUCAGUCUGUGUAUAAAGACGUUUAAGUGUAUGUAUAUGUACAUAUGCGCGAGAUCAGUUGGUUUUUUCUUCUUUCAUUUGAAAAUCGUAUCGAUCGAUGAUUACCAUUGGACGAAGAUGCAUGUUAGGCCAAAUGAGUAUAGCCAGACACACACACGCGCACACACACACACACACACACACACACACACACACACACACACACACACACACGAUUGUUGAAGCUUGAAUUUCGAUAGUCUUUGACUCGUUUUCUUCUUUUUACGUCUAUACCAUGUCAACGAUUUCCAGAUGGGAAAUGCCAUUUUGCACUCGUUUUCUCGCAUCAGCGCGCGUGAAACUUUUCAUUGGUAAAAGAUCGCCGCGUACCACCUCCUCCUCUUUGUUACUUAAUGAAGUAAGCAUUUUUUCGUUGAAGUUUGAUAAUAACGUACUCAUAGUGCGACGCAGAGAAUAAAUAAGAGACCGUAGCGUUUACCUUGUGAUGAAACAAGCUGGAAAUAUUAUGUUAAUCUUUUUAUAGCUAGUUUUUUAUAUUCUAUUCUUGUACAUGAUGUGGCGAUGUUAUUUGUACUUCUUUUUAAUAAUUGAGAGCCAACUGAUUAGAUUUUGUCAAUGAAAAUUUCUAUACUUUUCUCUUUUUUUACGAUGAAACUUUGUUUAUUAAAUAGUGUAACUUGAUAUAUAACUCAAAAUCAUACCGUUGUGACGACAUUCGUUGUUGACUUCAUUAAAAAUGAUGUUAUUUUUAUAUAUACGAACGUUCUUUCUAACAGACAAUUUAGAAAUUUGUCAUAUCAUCGUAAAAAAUUAAUAAAUAAAACAAAUUACUUUUUCACGCAAAAUUCCAUUAUCUUCCUUGAUUUUAGAUAUUUUAUUUUUCUCUAUUUAAUGCAUUAAUUGUAGUGGCAACACACACCAAGUUACGUUAUCAAAAACAUAAAAAGUAUAUCUAUUUUUCGUUGUUGAGCCCAUAUCCGAGAGAGGAUAAAAACGAAUUUCCAAUUUAACCUAGAUAAAUAAUUUGUGCAAUAGGUGACAGUUUUUCUUUAAUAAAGAAAAGCCACGGGUCGAAUGUGUGUAUCGACUCUUGAAUUACGUUGUAAAGUAAAGAUAGUUUGCAUUUCCUGUCUGGAAAUUCAUCCCUGAAACAGUUCCCAUUCCUUUCACAUGUAAAUAUACGCCUAUAGUUGACGCAAAGAUGAAGAGGCAGUUAUAAGUCCCGUCCUCCCCUUACUUUACCGCUCGAUUGCAUUUUCUUCCAGUAAAAGAAAUAGUUUGAAAAAGAUAAAACUGUGCGAAAGUCUAUUUUGAAAAGUGGUUGCAUUAACCGUAUGUAUACAUGUGUAUGCGCGCGAGCAAGCACUCCAUCAAGACAAGUAUUUUUAAUUAUAUCCUACGUCUAUUUUAUUUCAAAGGAAGAAAAAAAAGAUAACUAUUUAAGUGAUUUUUACGAAGUAAAGGAAUGUUAGUGAAGAGUGCGUGUUCGCGCGUCUGUUUAUAUUUACAACUAUGCGCGCUGUACACAUAGAUAAUUUAUGUCAUAUAGAUAGAUCAUAUGUGCUUUCUAAUGACGGAUAAUUUUAUAAAUAUAAUUAUACCGAUGUCAAGUGUACGAUUAUUUUUCUUCAUAUGAUUGUGCGCGCGCGUGUGUGCGAUGGAAAAGACAUUAAUUUGAUGAAAGAAAGGAAAAAAAUUAGUAUACAUUCGUAGGAGAGAGCGAGAAAAAAAGAGCUUUGAUGUCGAAAGAAAAGGCGAGAGAGACAAAAAUAUAAGAUGAUAAAAAAUGUGAAAAAAAAAAUUAAAGAAAGUUUAUGUAUCGACGAAAUAAUAUACGUCCUUAUUCGCUGUUAACACUUAUUAGGGGAUGGUUGUAUGAAUGGAGCGUGCAAAACAUGCAUUCGUUAAAUGUUUAUACAAGAACGCCGGUUCGAUGCAGAUUCAUUGUAGAUGCCAAGACUCGUAAAGUUUCACUUUAAGUUUAGUAGGUUUUGUAUAUUGCACAGAGGCGUGCGACGUUCUUUUGUGAUCGAUCCAAGUCAUCGUGUGUAAAAAGAUGCAUUAUCUAUUGCUUCGCACUUGAUCAAUCUAUUUUAAUUAAAAAAUAUGCU